AUGGCCGCGCAAUCGAGCUUCAGCGGCGGCAACGGUGGACCCUCAAAGCCGAGCGAACUCUCCAAGCGUCUUGACUUGGAUGGUCAUGAUCUGCCCCCUUCACCUGCUCCAUCCAGCCCUCGCAACGGUCGUCGCCGUUACGCACUGGCUACAGAGCUUGUGUAUACAGAAACCAAUGACCAGUAUGGCUCCUCCAGCAUUCCCAUCUAUCAGUCGGCCACUUUCAAGCAGUCUUCCGCCCGGGGCGGCAACAGCGAGUAUGACUACACUCGGUCUGGCAACCCCACUCGGACCCAUCUUGAGCGCCACAUGGCUAAGAUCAUGAAUGCCUCACGUGCCCUCGCUGUUGGCUCGGGUAUGGGUGCACUGGACGUCAUUACCCGCCUUCUCAGGCCCGGCGACGAAGUCAUCACCGGCGACGAUCUGUACGGUGGAACCAACCGCUUGCUUGCGUACUUAUCCUCCAACCAAGGUAUUGUGGUGCACCACGUCAAUACCACUACUGUCGAUGCAGUGCGCGACGUCGUAUCGGACAAGACGGCCAUGGUGCUCCUCGAGACCCCGACGAACCCUCUGAUCAAGGUCAUUGACAUACCUUCGAUCGCGAGGGUGGUACACGAAGUCAAUGAUAAGGCGCUUGUCGUCGUCGAUAACACCAUGCUCUCCCCCAUGCUAUGCAACCCCCUGGAUCUUGGCGCCGAUAUUGUUUACGAAUCCGGCACCAAGUAUUUGUCGGGCCAUCACGAUAUCAUGGCCGGCAUCAUUGGUGUCAACGAUGCCGCAGUUGCCGACAAAUUAUACUUCACCAUCAACGCCAGUGGUUGUGGAUUGUCGCCCAACGACUCCUUCCUAUUGAUGAGAGGUGUCAAGACCCUGGCUAUCCGAAUGGAGAAGCAGCAAUCAAAUGCGCAGCAGAUUGCCGAGUUUCUCGAGAAUCAUGGCUUUCGUGUGCGGUAUCCCGGCCUCAAAUCUCACCCUCAGUACGAUCUGCAUUGGUCGAUGGCUCGCGGUGCCGGAGCAGUGCUGUCCUUUGAGACAGGCGACGCCUCACUGUCCGAAAGGAUUGUGGAGGCUGCUCGCCUGUGGGGUAUCAGCGUGAGCUUCGGCUGCGUCAACAGCUUGAUCAGUAUGCCUUGCCAGAUGAGUCACGCGAGCAUUGACGCCAAGACCCGCAAAGAGCGACAAAUGCCCGAAGACAUCAUCAGACUCUGUGUCGGAAUUGAAGAUGUCGAGGAUCUCAUCGAUGAUCUGUCACGCGCUUUGGUCCAGGCCGGAGCCGUUACUGUGACGCUGGAGGGGAUCCAAGCAAAUCCAGUGGCGGCAUAG